CCAGCCGUACCAGUCAGAAACUGCCAGAUCCGCCAUUCGAUGCACAAGCCCCAGGCUAAGCAUAUUAGCUGCCGUGUUUUGACCCCGGCUUAUCGCUGUCUUAAACUCUGGCUCAAGAUGCUCACGCUUGGUGGCACGACUCUUAUCCCCCGCCGCUUAGUGACGUUUGCAGCGCCGCCGACGAGAGCCGUGGUGAGAUGGGAGCCAUGUAACUCUGCGUCAAUUUUGGCUCUGAGCUUGGGACAUAAAUACUACCCGUAGCAAGUACAUAGACCCGAGUUCUCCUACUAGAUAAAUCGUGUAUCUACUUCCAUCUUGUCAAGUUCAAUCUACAUUCUACUCGAACAAGGCACAAUGGCAACAGACGCUGCAGUGAGCAAAGACGGACUUUUCAUUCCCCUCAUUGACUUCUCCAAAUUCCUGAAUGGCGAUUCAUCCACCCGCUUGGAGACGGCCAAAGCCAUCCUCAAUGGCUUCCAGGAUGCUGGCUUCAUAUACCUUAAAAAUCAUCCCAUUUCAUCAGACACGGUAAAGCAUGCCUUUGCCAUGUCGGCAAACUUCUUUGCGCAGCCUUUAGAGAAGAAAGACGCACUUGAGUGGACUACUCCACAGGCCAAUCGCGGCUAUGUAGCUCACGGGCGAGAAAAAGUCAGUCAGCUAAACGACGCUGCAGAAGUAGAAAAGAUUCGCAGCGCAGUUCCGGACUUGAAAGAGAGCUUUGAAAUCGGCCGCGAUGACGAGGUCGGCCACCCAAACAACUGGCCCGAGGAAGAAGGCGCAGUUACGGGCUUCAAGGAAGAUAUGAAGAGCUUCUUUCAAGAGUGCAAAGCUCUGCAUGUAGAAGUCAUGCGGGCUAUUGCUACAGGCAUGGGCUUUGAAGAGAAUUUUUUCGAUAGGUUUGUGGAUGUUGGAGAUAAUACGCUACGACUGCUGCACUACCCAGAAGUCAAGUCUGAAGUGUUCAACACACCAGGCCAAGUCCGUGCUGGGGAACACAGCGAUUAUGGAUCUAUCACGUUACUCUUCCAAGACAACCGCGGCGGCCUGCAGGUCAAGAGCCCAAACGGGAAUUUCAUUGACGCAACUCCUAUUGAGAACACCAUCGUCGUCAACGCCGGAGACCUGCUGGCGAGAUGGAGCAACGAUACGAUUAAGAGCACCAUUCAUCGUGUAGUUGAGCCCCCACGAAAGGAAGGCAAGACGUAUCCUUCUCGAUAUAGCAUCGCCUACUUUUGCAACCCAAACUUUAAGGACCUUAUCGAAGUGCUGCCGGGAACAUAUGCUACUAAGGAGGAGAAGAAGUAUGAAAGCAUAAACAGCGGCGAUUAUCUCGUUCAGAGACUCACCGCAACAUAUUAAUACAUGUGUGUGUGUUUGUGUAUGAGUAAGCGUGUCUGUUCUGUUGAUUUGACGGGAAAAGAGAAGAGAGAGGGCUCUUCUAACAUGGCAUGACACGAACCCUGCGACGCCCGGUCUGGGAUUCGCCGCAGGGCACCGAGUGUAGGCAAGCCAAUGAAAGCGAAAACGUGUUCACGUCCAGACUCAGCUAAAGAGGGGUCGCGUCAUGUGCGAAGAGCUGUGA